CGCAAACUGCGAUGGUUCCGCCAUUUUGGCUCUCGCUGUGCUAACGGCAGCUAGCUUCUGGUGUUUGUGCUUCUUAUUGUAUUUCUGUCAGGUUUUCGGUUGUUUUGUCUGCCGUGGUUCUAAAAUCCGGUACCGAGUCACUAGUCCGACCCAGUAGGGACCGAUCCGGAGUCCAUCUUCGCCAGAGAUGGACGGAGGAGAGGAGGAAUUCGUGUCCGACGACGGAGGCGGCACCCCGGUUCAGGAUGAGCAUCCUCAGUCAGACGGCGAGGAGAUGAGAAGCGACGGCCGCCACUCAGAGGACGAGGUCAGCAAUGACGAAGACGCCCCCAUCGCCAUGGAGACGGGCGGGGCCGCCAGCAGCUCAGACGCAGAGGACCGCCGCGGCGUUGACAGCGACUCCGACGGCGAGGCCCCCGGGGGCCACGGUGAGAAAAGCGACUCGGAGGCGGAGGCCCCGCGGGCCGCAGACAGCGACGACGACUCUCCGGUGAAACGCAGGAUGAGCGGCUCCGAAAACGAGGAAGAGGAGGAGGACGAGCUGCCAGAGAAACGACGGACAAGCGGGUCGGACAACGAGGAGGCGUCCCCGGUCAAACGUGGGGUGUCCGACAAUGAGGAGGAGGAGGAGGAGGAAGAGGAGGAGGUGUCCCCCGUGAAGCGCAGAGGGAGCAGCUCGGAGCCGGAGGACGGCCCCAAAGGAGCCGACGGCAGCGAGUCGGAGAACGAGGAGGAGAAACGGGCGCCGUCUCCGGACCGCCGCUCCGACAGUGACUCUGACACAGAGACGGCCGCCAGGCGCAAGGCGGCGCCGAUGGACUCCGAGGAGGAGGAGGAGGAGGAGAGGCCGGCGGAGGAGGAAGGAGCGGGGAAGUGGAAGGGGGUGAUGCAGUCUGACAGCGAGGAGGAGGAGGAGGAGGGACGGAGGAAGAAAGCUGCAGCAGGAAGUGAUGAAGAGCAGCAGGAGGAGCAGCACAGAGACGACAGCGACGAGGACGACGAGAAACCAGUGAAGAGGAAGAAGGCGGUUCUGUCAGACAGCGAGGAUGAGGAAGAGGAGAAGGAGGAGCAACCAGCGCCGAAGAGGAGUCGGGCCGUGUCCGACGACGCCAACUGGGCCAGCGACGGUUCUGGCGGUCUGGAUAAAAGCCUGGCGGCCAAGCUGAGGGAGCUCGGGUCGGACAGCGGUACCGACGAGGAGGACCGGUCCAAACCGGCGGCGGGGAACAAGGACGAGAAGGCGCUGUUCGGCAGCGACAGCGAGUCCGGAGAGGAAGACGAGGAGGAGAAAAUCAUAGCGGACAUCUUUGGAGAGUCUGGAGACGAGGAGGAGGAGGAGUUCACGGGCUUCAACCAGGAGGAGCUGGAGGCCGACAAGCAGCCCAAGGAGCCGCAGCGUGUGGCGGAGGAGUCCGACUCCGAUGAGGGGGUGGAGCGCGGCGGACAGGACACCAGCCUCCUGUCCGACUUCGACAUCAUGCUGGCCAAGAGGAAAGCCAUGAACAGCCGCAAGAGGAGGCACCGCGACGGAGGAACCUUCAUCAGCGACGCCGACGACGUCGUCAGCGCCAUGAUCACCAAGAUGAACGAGGCCGCCGAGGAGGACCGGACUCUGAACAGCCAGAAGAAGCCGGCGCUGAAGAAGCUGACGCUGCUGCCGCAGGUCGUGAUGCAUCUCAAGAAGCAGGACCUGAAGGAGACCUUCAUCGACAGCGGCGUGAUGUCGGCCAUCAAAGAGUGGAUCAGUCCUCUGCCGGACAAGUCGCUGCCCGCCCUCAGGAUCAGAGAGGAGCUGCUCAGGAUCCUGCAGGAGCUCCCCAACGUCAGCCAGGAGACCCUGAAGCACAGCGGCAUCGGACGGGCCGUCAUGUUCCUCUACAAGCACCCCAAAGAAUCCCGACCCAACAAAGACCUGGCUCUGAAGCUCAUCAACGAGUGGUCGCGGCCCAUCUUCGGUCUGACGUCCAACUAUAAGGGCAUGACGAGGGAGGAGCGCCAGCAGAGGGACCUGGACCAGCAGACGCCUCAGAGGCGGCGGCUCAGUGAGCCUCAGAAGGUGGAGAGGGCGGAGGAACCCGACGUCUUCUCUCCACCAACCAGCUCUGGAGGCCAGACGCCCCGCCGGGACCUGGAGAAGCAGCUGACAGGAGAGGAGAAAGCUCUGCGACCCGGUGACCCCGGGUUCUGCGCCCGGGCCCGUGUGCCGAUGCCGUCCAACAAAGACUACGUGGUGCGACCCAAAUGGAACGUGGAGGGCGACUCCAGCAGGGGGCCGAUGAAGAAGGGAAUGUCCCGCGUCGAUAAACAGAUGCGUAGAUUCGCGGACAUCCGGCGGCUGACGAAGACGGGUCACGCUGUGAAGAUCAGCGUGGAGGGGAACCGGAUGCCGCUCUGAUAGUCCACCUGUUUUUUUUAUUUUAUUUUCCUUCUUUGUCGUUUAUGUUUUAUUGUGGCUCUUCUGAACAGUUUCACAGUCGCUCCCUCCUCAGGUCCAGCUCUGCCUCUCUUGAAGGGCUUCUUAACGAAUGUGUUUAUCUGCUGUAAACUUUUAUGGCCUCUGAACAAAUUCAAUAAACUCUCCAACAUGAUGGCGCCAGCA